AUAUAAGGGCCGCUCGCUUCUGGGCGUUAACAUCUCCUGGCCGCAGCCGCCCUAGAUUUGGAAUUCUACACUAAAGUCAUCAUGGGCGUUUUCCAGAUAUUGAUGAAGAAUAAGGAACUCAUUCCUUUGGCGUUUUUUAUAAGCGUGGCCGCCACCGGAGCCACAUCUUUCGCUUUGUAUGCGUUGAAAAAAACCGACGUGGUUAUUGAUCGGAAAAGAAACCCAGAGCCUUGGGAAAUGGUGGAUCCUACUCAACCCCAAAAGCUUAUAACCAUCAACCAGCAAUGGAAGCCCGUUGAGGAGCUGCAAAAAGUCCGGAGGGCAACCAGAUGAUUGCUCACCACUCCUCUCUUCCAAAGAACACUCUAUGAAUCUAGUGGAAACAUUUCUGCACAAACUAGAUGUUGAUGCCAGUGUGCGGAAAUGCUUCUGCUACAUUUGUAGGGUUUGCCUGCAUUCUUUGGAUCCUGCAUUAGCAAGUGAAGGUAGCACAUAGUCUAAAAUAGUUUUCUGUGUUUAUUGGUGUAAAUUUCAAUUUUACAGUUGAAAUUUUAUGUUUGUGAUGCUUGGAUAUUUUCCUUGAAAUGUAUAAACAUGUAAAAAUUAGAUUACUGCCUGUAAUAAAAUAAUUCGAUGACUA